AACCUUGUUGUCAUUACGUGAUUUUUUUCUUCUUCUUCCGUUUCAAACAAAGAAAGUAGAUCGAAUAACUUCUACUUUUCAUUCAUCAUUUCUUCUUUUUAUGACUUUCGGACUUUCUGUGGAAAUAAAUCUUAGACAAGGAGUGGGGGUGUGCUGUGGACAAGGAAAGAAAGAGAAAUAAAUAAACAAUAAUAUUGCAAAUUUAAAAAGAACCUCCAAGUAGUAAAAUCACAGAUUUUUAAGAUAAAGGGCAUAAAUCAUUUAUAAUUACUAACAGUGAAACUAUUUUUUGGAACUAUUGUAAGGUGAUUCGGUACUUCCAAUGAAAUAAGUUAUUAAUUUUGUUGAAAAAUAAUGUCCACAAUUUUUUAAGGCUCCAAAAGUUUUAAUAUAACAUAAAAACAAUUCAAACAACAUACAAUUUGCAAGUGGUGUAUUAAAUAUGGGAUUUAAGUAGUAAUCUAUAAAACUCAAAUCAAGUUCUACUUUCUCAAAAUGAAGAGCAAGAUUACUAAAAAUGAAGGACAAGCAGCCCUAGGUUCAGUGGAAACUUUUGAUGAUCAAAGUGGCCAAGAGAAACUCAUUGAAGCAAACAAGAAGGUUGUGUUUCCCCAAAAUAGUGUUGAUUCAGACAGGGAAAGUCAGUCGAAAGUGGCAUUGUUUAUCACCAAAUUAAAUGCAUAUAAAGUUGCUAUCAGUGGGUUUCUUGUAUCUUUAUUAGUCAUAGCAAUUAUAGUCAUAAUUUCACUUGUUGGAAGUAAAAGUGUUAAGGAACCUUCAAGAUAUGGUACAUAUGUAGCAGCGCAGACUGGAUGUGGAAGAAUUGAAGGGUUAAUGGAAGACAGUGCUUUCACUUUUCGAGGAAUUCCAUAUGCUAGACCACCUGUUGAAGAUUUGCGGUUUAGACAUGCACAACCUCUGGACGAUGUGAAGUACUGCUGGAAUGGUACGUUUCUAGCUCACAAUUCCAGCGACGUUUGUCUUCAAGUACUCAGUAAUGGCACGAUAACAGGGAAAGAAGAUUGCCUAACCCUGGAUGUUGUUACUCCUUAUGUGAGAUACGAUAAUCCUCUUCCAGUAAUUGUGUUAAUUGGUGCCGAUAGUCUCAUGGGCGGAUCUCCUAGUAAGCUCAGACCGUCUGCAAGAUAUGCCAGAUCAAGGGAUGUAGUCUUUGUGAGACCUAACUUCAGGAUGGGAGCAUUGGGGUUCCUCGGUCUUGAAAUCCUUUCGGAAUCAGACCGUUCUAGAACAUCAGGAAAUUAUGGUUUGAGCGAUAUUUUGGCAGCAUUAAAAUGGGUGGAACUGAAUAUAGAACACUUUGGAGGUAACAAAAAUGCAGUUACAAUAUUCGGUCAUCGAGCAGGAGCAACACUCGUCACAGCACUCACUACAAUUCCAGGAGCUAAUAAAUAUUUCAUACGAGCAUGGGCGGCGUCCGGCGGAGCUAUUUAUCCUAAGAAAGAGAUAAAGAAAUCACAGAAAGAAAAUCACAGCUUCCUAGACUCCAUUCAAUGCGAAGAUGUGAAUUGUUUGAGAACUGUAGAUGCUACCAAGCUUGUCGCUGCAGUAGAAGAUACUUGGAGGAAACCUCAACCUGAUUUACCAUUUGUCGAUGAAGUUCCAGAGAAUAGACAUGAAUGGUUGAUAUUGGAUGGCCGCAUAUUAAAAACAUAUCCCCACGAAGUAUGGAGUGCGAACGUAGAUAGGCCCUUAAAUCUAAUUGUGGGAACCACAGCUCAUUCUGGGAGCUCAAAAAAACUGUUAAUGAAACAUACAGUUUGGACGAAAGAAAUGAUUAAACAACACAUAAUGGAAUCGUUUUUAGCGCAAUCGCCUCUUCUGGAAGAAGUUUUAAAGAUGUACCCUCUUACUUAUCAGGGUUUAAGUAAGAUGAUAUCAGAUAUAAGAAUUAUCUGCCCGCUGUUCGCUCUGUCUACUGAGAUGAGUAAAGUUCCUUUUUAUGUUGUCACUCAGACAAGAUUAGAACAUGAUCUUGCUGAUAUAGACUCUGACGUAGACGCGAUUUUAGGAAGAUACGAACCGAGAACUCCUGAACAGAGACGAUACUUUUCAGCAGUGCAGGGAUUGUUUUACCAUUAUGUUUGGAACGGUAAGAUGGAAGAUAAUCUUAUCGGAGAGAAGGUCUUGAUUGUCGAUCAGGAUGUUUUACCCAAUAACACGUAUUCACAUUGCAACUACUGGAUUAAGAAGAAUAUAGUGCCAAGAUAUGCCGCCCUUGACUAAAAUCAAAAAUGAAACACUUCAAUACAUGUUUGGAUAUGCAAGAGAUGUUAGAGCUACGCUACAAUCCAACAUCAAAGUUACGAACCUGUGCAGGGUGCAAAAGAAAAAAAAUACUCAAAAACUUUUGUGCAGAAAGGCAAAGGAAAAAGCGGCAAUAACUGAUAUUUCCUUGUCAAGUUAAUAAGACAGUAUUUAUUUAGGUUAGUCUUUAAGGGAUCAGUAUUAGAUUAUAUGUGAGUUUUUAUGAUAGAUAUAUUUAUACAUUUUUGUGUGCCAAACAUUAGAAUUGAGAGUAGAAUAAUAAUUAUUGCAUCUAUAAAGUCAUGUAAAGUAUAUACGUAUAUACAGGGUGUCCCGGAAAAUAGUGCGUUCGUUUAAGGUAUGGAGAGAAUACACAAUUUAGAACGAAAAAGUCCUAUACCAUUUUUUUCUAAAGUUAACCGUUUCCAAAAAAAAAGUUAACAUUGUUUUCCAUAUACCUGUAUUUUAAUGUUUGGAAAUUUUAAUAAACUGGCAACAUCGUACGCCCUACGGAAUAAUAACAGAUAAUAAGAAAUCAUUUGUGAUUGUGAUUUACAGUAUUUAUAAUAAUCCAACCUAAUAGUAGGUACUUAUGUAUUUACUAUUUGUUUACUAAAAUUAUUUUCUUUUGAAAUGUAUUGAAAUACCUGUUGCAUAAUUUUAAACGAAUUACACAUCUUUUAACAUAAAAACACAUCUUUUAACUGAACUAGUAUUAUGUAUUUAGUAAGAUUUAAAUGUGUUGAAUGCUGAGUAUUGCUGAGGGCUUUAACUGAAUUACAUAGUUUACAGUGGAACUUAAAUACACCAGAUAAUGUCUUAGUAAUUUGUUUACUUGUGAACUGAAAUAAUUAAGUUGUACUUACUUGAAAAUAAUUUUAUUAUACCGAAUAGAUGGUCCAAGUAACCCACUUUUACAAACACCAUUCAUACGACGAGAAAUACCGGCAAAACAUUUUGAAAAAAAUUAAUUAUAGUAUGCCUCUCCAUUUAGUGAUCUGCCAUAAAAAAUCAACGUAAUAACAUAAUAGGUAAUACACUCACGAUUCGAAAACAUUUUCGGCAUUGACACUAAACAGGAUUCUUUAAAACUAUCUGUUUACUAUCUGUCUUCUAUCUAUGUAUUUACAUGGGACUGUCUAUGCUUAAAUUUGCGUACCAAAAUGUAUUUUAAUUUUUUGGUCAAACGGUUGUAUUUAGAAAAAAAUGUUAUAAGAAUUUUUUGUUCUACAUGGUGCCUUCUACCUAUAUCUUUAAGGAACGCACUAUUUUCCGGGACACCCUGUAGAGGUGAAUUUGAUAAACAUUGAUUUUAUGUCGAUUCUUAAAAAAAUUUGGUUCUACUGAAGCCAAAAAAGCAUAUAAAAAGGCGUUUACGAAUGUCAUUUCGUAAUUUUCGAAAACUUCAAAUAUUGCUGGCCACGUAGUCAUGUUUCCCACUACGAAGUGGGUAAAAGUAAAAGUCUAUCUCCGAUAUUAUUAAUUUGAAAAUAACCGUUUCCACCAAUUCCUAAAAUUUGUAGGGCCUUAGAUUUACAAAGAUUUCUUUAAUUAAAUUUCUAUAGAGCAGAGUAAUAACUGUGAUGCUACUUCAUUCCUGACUAAAAGUUACUGCUUCCGCGGUUGUUGUCACUCAUCUGUUAGUGAUAACUUUAAUAUGAGCUUGAAAAUGGAUAGCAGCUACAGAAAACAUUUCAUUUAUAGAUGAUUACCAAAUAAUCCAUUAUUUGUCCAUAUCCAUGUCAAUUUGCCGAUAUCCAUGUCAAUUUGUCGAUAUCGUUCUCGAUCUUGCGCGGCACGUAAUAAUUCAUCUGCUGAUAAGCCAGUAGAGAUGUUGAAAAAGUAUCUAUUCGUUACAAAGUACUCGUUAUUACGAAUACCGGAAGUAACGAUUACUAUAGAGAGAGGCAAAUCGUAACUUUGAUUACAUUGAUAACUGAUUACUUUCGUUACUUCGUACCAAUCGUAUCAGAGCGAGUAACGACUAUUGUAUCUACUUUGAUUACUUUGAUUACUCUGAUUACUUUGUUACUUCGUACCAAUUGUAUCAGAGCGAGUAACGACUAUAUAGGGCUUUUCAUUCACAGUCAUUUGUUUCGAUCUC